AAGAACGUAAACAAAGAUUUUGGUUUUCUUGUCAAUUGUUGAAAAUUAUUUUUCUUUAAUUAAUAUUAACAUUUUGUGAUAUUCUUAUUUAUUUUAUUUUAUUCUACUUCAUUAUGGCUCCUUCAAAGUCACCCGGUAAAUUUUCACCACAUUUAAUGAAACCUUCAGAUAUUUUUGGUAAAAGGAAAAGGAAAUGUUCACCUUCAACUCUUCUCAGUGAAUCUGGACCAAGAAAGAAGUUAUUUGUUUCUCCAUUAAAGUGUAUUAAUUUUAAUUCUCCAGCUAAAGCUUAUAAAAGUCCUAAAACAUCUAGAAGAAAGGGAACACCAAGAAAAACACCGAAAAAAACACCACGUAAAAUUGUUACCGAGGAAUCUUCGGUUCCAUUAAGUGAUCUUAUAGAUGAAGACGCCAAUAUUGAGGCUCCUUCAAUUUGUAAAAAGGAAAAAAAUGGCGGACUCACACGUAUACCAAUCGAUUGGACUUUGAAAACUAGACUUCGUUUUUUCAGCUAUAAACCUUUUCCUUAUAAAGGUUAUUUCAGUGCUACUGAAAGUGCCACUGGAACCUCUUCAUUUGUCCGUUGUACACCAACAACAUUCCCUCAAGACACGACACAAAAAUCAACAACAUUAAAACCUUCCCUUUCAUCAUCUUCUUUAAUGUCAACCAGUGACACAACGAAAACUGUUGCUAUAAGUGCUGCAGCUCUAUUGAAGAAACAUUGUUUCGUUUGGAGAUAUCCUCAUCUUCCUGGUUUUGAUUUAUUUCCAAGGAUAAAUAAUCGAUGUAAAUUGGCACCAAUAAGUCGUCCAAUGAGUGAAGAUUUACUCCAAGAAUAUUGUUCUAGUUUUAAAGACUUGUAUGAUCUUAUUCGAGCAAGACAGUGUGCGUACUUUUAUCUAUGCGCUCAUUCAUUUACUGCACUUUUUCAAGCACCAGGAGUCGGUGGAAUUGAUGAGAUCCAUGUAUAUAUAACACCGACUACCGAUGGAUUUAGGAAAAUGCUCAAAGAAGAAGGUAUUGAAUUUUCCAUGCCACUUUUGGAAAAAGAGAUUGAACUUUCAAAAGAAGAAGAAAAAGCCGACGAAGAAAAGGAAAAAGCUUUAAAUGAAGAAAUUUUCGGACCUUCAAUGCUCGAUGAAGACGAAGAUGCUUCAAAUUUUCUCGAAAGUAUUGGUGUUAGCAUACAAGAAUCUUCAUCCAUCAAUAAACCCAAAAGAACCAAAAAUUCAGUGAGAAAAAAUGUCAACUCCACUCUAGUUUUAAUCAAAGGAUCGAACGCUCAAGAUUUGAUUCCAUUUUUAUCAAAUUCCAAGAUAAUUCUCAAAACAACCGGAUCACUCGCCUUUGUACCACCGACUCUUUUGGCCCCAGUCGCUUUUGAAGGAGCUCAACUUCAUUUUCUCAAAUUAAAGCAAAACAAUAUGUCCGAAAAAGCCGCAUCAAUGUACAGUCUUGAAAUUCGAGGGCCAAUAUUACCCAAUAUGGUGGACAGUUUAUGUGAAUUAUUUAAAGAAACCAUUGGCGAUUUUACCGCUAAUCUUGUCAAUUACGAUUAUUGUUCACCAAUGGCGACCGUUCAUUCAAUCGACAAGGAUGAUGAUAGUAAAGAUGAAACCAAAGUGAUCUUUGCCUCUGAAAGUCUACAUGAUUGUGGAUUAGAACAACAAUUAAUACAAGAUUUAUGCUCUAAAACUAAUCAAAGCAAAAUCAGCCAUUCAUCAAUUAGCUGCAAAGGUGGAAAAUUUUUUGUAAAUUGACAAUAAGCUUAUCAAUUAAUAGUUUAUUUUACAAUUUAAUCAACACUUUAACUAAAACAAAAAAAUCUUAUUUACUUGAAGCUGAA